AUGGGCGGCUCAAGGGCUUUUGAUAUCGCGCCAUUCCCGUACGGCGGCACUUGGUGGGAACAGCAACGCAUCCAGGUGCCAAAUACCGUGGCUGCCAUCAACACCAAGAUUGGCGUCCAGUACUUGUACUCUGAUGUCAAGGAUCUGCUGACCAAGUACAAGAACAACGGAUUCACCUUCAAUCUUGCACUUUGCGACGACGACACAUGCACAAAAGACCCAAAGUUUGGUUCGGAGCUGCUGACCCCUGCCAAUCGCGUCCGAAGCCUGAUUACAAACUUGGAGUCGGCAGGAGUCUCCCCUGUCGAAGACCCCACAUCUCCUGUCAUGCAGCAGCUCAUUCUCGCCGGCGAUGAACUCCGCGCACAAGUCAAGUUCCCUCUCAAUGUGGGCAACUCGUCCUUGGCGUGGGCCCGCAAUGUGAUUGCCGACAACUUUGCCAUUUCUCUGCGGUCCUCCGGCGUGGCGCAAGCUGAUCUCGGUGAUUUCAACCGCGUUUUGAAUGGCACUGUUCCUCGUUUGACCAAGAACCUAACUUUCAAAACGCGUGCCUACACUGCGACCCAAAGCGCGACCGUCAGCCAGGCUUCUGGUGAAACCAUCAUCAUCACACGCACUGACUCUGUCUCCACCACUGGCCAGGUUACUGUCCACAUCAACCACAUUCGCGCCAACACACACGCUUACCGUGAUCACACGUCCAACCGCCCGUACUAUUUGUGGGGAAACUCCAUCCCACUGCCUGCCAAUGUGCCCGUCAAGAUCAACAACCCGUACGGUGGCGUCAUUUACGUGACCGUUCCCCCGUCCACCAGUGGCACCGUGCAAAACGUACAGAUCAAGUUUGAAAAUGUCGUCCAGCACCCAGUGUAUGACGCCAUUGCCGGCGGAUCUGUUCAGCCGUUCAUCGACGCCGUCAACAGCAAAGUUUAUGGCUCUGCCGAAAUCCUGAUGCCGCAGCUGCAAGUCAACAUUUACUUCCAGCGUGGGCCUCAAUCCCUGAAGGACUCGAGCUACGCCUACAAGGUCGGCUCGGUCACAAACUACAACGUGACCAAAUUCAUGACCUACACCCGCCAGUACCUCUACGAAUAUCACUAUGCGCUUGCUGGCUUUACCUCGGUCGAAGUCCCCUACCCGCCGAUUGCUGGCAUCCCCGAGAAGGCAGCUGCUUUUGGCUUGCGUGGCAUGAACUACACCGGACCUCAACAUGUUCUGACAAGCGUGCAAUUUAUGAACUCGGAUUGGUACUCGCAGUGCGGCGCUGGCUGCUCUGGCAAUCCCAUCGACCUUGACUGGGCAUUUGCUCCUCAUGGCUGGGGUGAGCACCACGAGCUUGGCCACAACAUUCAGUACGGCCGCUUCAAAAUCAACGAUGACGCUUCCGGUGAAGUCUCGAACAACAUCUUCCCGUUGUCUGUCAACUAUGCUCGCGCGCGUGCUGGUGACCAAGUGGCCCUCCGGAGUGACCGAUCUGAGAUUCCCGACCGCAUUCAGACCAUGAAGAAUGCCAUCGCCAACGGUCAGACGCCGACGGAGGCCGGCCUUACACCCGCCGAUCUGCAAUUCUACGAAACGCUCAUCCUCUCGGGCUCGGAUACUUGGGCACGAGACGGAUCCCAGAUUGCCGGCACCAACUACUGGACACAAGACGGAUUCCAGAUCAUCCCGAUGCUCUACCUCAUGUCGCGCAACAUUGAUGCCGAGAAGAACUGGACUGCCGCUCGCGACAACUACGGCCUCAGCCUCUUUGACUCGACCUCCAUUCCAGCCAACGAUUUCAUGGUCAUGGCCUUCUCGUGGCUGAACCGCCGCGAUUACCGCUCCUUCUUCUGGGCGUGGGGCCACAGUUGGUCUGAGAAGGCCAACCAGCAGAUCGAGCUGUACAAUUUUGAACACCAGCCCACCAUCUUCCGGUGGCCCAACGUCACCUAUCUGAACAUUGCGAAAGAUACGGUGGCCUUCCCGAAUGACCCGUACCGUCCCGAUGCCAAUACCAGCGGCGGAUCUUCCGCAAAUGCUGCCCUCAUUGGGGGCAUUGUUGGAGGUGUCGUUGCACUUCUUCUGCUCGUCAUUCUUGCCGUCGUGAUUGUUCGCCGUCGUAGGAGCUCGCCAAAGCCGGCGUCUUCCAAGAAGUCUAGUGCCGUGGGUGGCCAGUCCGUCGAGUAUCUCAAAGAUGCGGAGACCGUUGCGAUGACCGCGCCCGCCACGUCACCUCGCCGAAAUGCCCCGGUCCCUCCGACUGGCGCGGGCGGUGCUGCAGCAGCUGGCAAGACAUUCCGCGCCCUGUACGACUACAAGCCGCAAUCUGUGGACGAACUUGCGCUUUCUGUUGGUGAUGUCGUGAUUGUUUCGCAUACUGACACUGAUGGCUGGUCCCAUUGCAAGCACAAGGGCACCAGUCGCUCUGGCGUUGCUCCCGCGAGCUAUUUGCAGGAAAUGUAA